ACCGCACCGCUCGCGCCGCAGUUCGAACCUUCGUCGUGGGUCGUGCGUCGUGCGGGUCGUGCGGGUGUGGAGCCCGGGAGGUCAUGGCGGACCAAAGUUUGCUGAUCGAGACGCUUCAGGCAGUCCAUCAACACACUGAAGGUGUGCUGGACUUGCUGAUGAAGGCAUGCAACAAGAUGAGCCUCUCGGAGCUCUCCACCGAGUGCGUCCACCAAAGUGCCGCUCUCAAGGACACCAAGAAACUCUUCCAAACCCUUCGCGAUGCGGCCAAGAGCUCUGCACCGGACCAGGUCCUGGCAGAGAUGAAGAGCUAUGCGAAGCAGCAAGCCAUCGCAGAAAGCCAAAGCUUGGAGACUCGCCUCCAAAGCACCUCCGCCCGCACCGAGGCAGAUCUCAAGGAGAAGCUGAAGAAUCUGGAGACACGGGUUCUGGAACUCGACAGUGGUGUGGAGACCUCUCCUCGGAAGGUGGAUGGGCAAGGCAUCCGGAAAGUCAUGAACAGGAUCAGCGAUUUCGAGGCUCAGGUGGCCGCACAAAUGCAGGCCCACAACCAAGACAUCGAGAAGAAGCUCAGCUUCUUGAACUCUCGAAGGACGGGCGACGAGCCGUGCGAGGGCGCCAGCUGGAGUCAGGAGCUGGACGCUGUGAAGUACGACGUGGGGGAGCUGAAGGACUUGCUGGGCGGAGCCAAGAGCGACACGGCACACGUGAAGCGGAUCGUUUUGGCCUGUGAGCGGGACAUGGAGGACUUCACUGCUGCCAUGGAUGCGGUCAACAUCGACCUGGAUGAGAUGAGAGCCAGGGUGGAUUCCACUCAUUCCAUCAUCACCUCACGGCAGCGCGUAGAGGCCACUGUCACUGCGGAGAUCUCCACCAUGCGUUUGGACAUGGGAGACAUGCAGGAGGCGUUGAAGGCGCAUGACGCUUGGAUGGAGGACGUGUCCCAAAGUCUCCAAGAGGUGCACGAGAGAUGUGAGGCUUUGAAUAUGGAGAUCACGCAGGUGAACCACGGCUUUCAGGCAAAGUUGGAUGCGAAGACCGACAUCACCAGCUGGAAUGAUAUGAACGACGAUGUCGAUGCUUCCAUUCGAACAGUGAGGGACAUGGCAUCCUCCCUACGCUUUGAGGUGGACAGCCGCCGGCGUCGAGUGGAUGAGGAGCUGCUGCGGAUCCGCUCCGAGGUCUCCAGCCUGGAUGAGAAGAUCAACAGCAAGACCACGGAGAUCUCCCGCGAUGCCGGCAAGGCCAGCCGCCAGCUGGAGGAACGCCUGCAAGCGCGCCAGGAGCAGUGCAGUGCGCUGGAGGCCACACUGCUGCGGCAUGCCGAGACGCAUCAAGCCUUAGAGGGCCAGAUGGUGCAGCAGAAGGAGCAGCUGGAGAGCCGGAUUACCGGUGUGGACGCCUGCAUGAAGAAGCAGGGCGACGAGCUCCACAAGAACACACAAGAUCGCCUUGACCUUUUGGAGCAACAGCAAACGAAGGUCACCAAGGACACCCAAAAGCACCUGAAUGCGAUGGACCUCCGCCUCGCCGCACUGCAAGGGGCGACGGGCGAGUGCAAGCGCGACAUCGGAAAGCUGAGGGAUGAGGUGAAUAGCCUCACCGUGAAGAGUGCCGCCCAUGACGUCGACAUCGCCCGGAACAGCGACGAGCUCCGGAAGCUCGAGCGUCAGCGAGUCGAAGGUGACCAGCGUCAGAAGCAGGAGUUCGAUUCCAUCUACGACGAGUUGGACCAGAAGGUCUCGGAGAAGAACUUCCAACGCUUGGAGGAGCCAACGAGCCGGCUUAAUCUCCGACCUGAGGAAGAUCCGUCGUCAUGGGCAACACUCCCACCGUCCACUGCCGGACGCCCGCACCUGGGCGAAACCAGCCGCCUCACCGAGCCGUGGGAGGAGCGGCGGACGCGGCCGGGCGGCGCGGAGUUCAGCCAAAUGGGCGGCUGUGAUAGUUCCCUCGCGGCCAAGGAAUGCAAUCGCGCCUGCGACACUGCCGAUUGCAUCAAUGAGUUGCAGGCCAACGUCAAGGAGCAGGAGAUGAAGAAGGAACACCAGCUGAUCCGCGCCGCGCGUGAUGGGAACCUGAACCAGCUCAAGGAGCAGAUCGCCAACAAAGCGGAUGUGAAUGUGAGACAGCCCUUGAAGCUCAUCACGCUGGAUAGAUACAACCAGGGCAUGCCCAUCCGCAAUUGUGGACUCACGCCCUUGAUGUAUGCAGCCAGCUCGGGACACCUGAACAUUGUGAAGACCCUAUUGACCGCCAAGGCUCGGGUCGACGACACCGACGAGCGUGGAGUCUCCGCCCUGCACCUGGCAGCGGCCUCCGGUGACUUCGAGACCUUUGCGGAGCUGGUGAAUGCCAAGGCCAGUACCAAUCUCAUCACCGAAGAAGGCGAGACUGUGUUGGACUGGCUCCCGCAAGAGGUCUUAGAGGAUGAACCUCGCCUCAAUCAGUUCAAGGCCUGCAUUCCCUCUUUGAAUGAGGAGGAUUACAUGUGCGUCCCGGGGGAAGCCAAGUCUCGUCCGCACCGCCGCAGCCGAAAUGCCUGA